AUGCAUCAUGAGGAAGCUUACUGCACAGCGAACGAACUUCUGCUCCGGGAUGAUAGCGCGUACGAGGACAUACGACAGGCUCUGUACGUUUGCAUCCCUCCCUCCAAACCUCCGACACAAUCAACACAGCAUCUCGACAGCCUCUGUGUUGCGUGUUCCUCAUUCAAAGGAUUGCCUUAUCCCAGUGUCAUAGCCCCUCAACAUGGACCUGACUCUACGACACUCCUCCUGACCGUACGUCUCUCGUCUUUUGAAGUAGCCAGAUGUCAGGCCACCACUCUUCUCAAUGUGCCAAAGGUAUCUGAAUCAGUCAGUAAAGCACCCAAAUUCUCACGAAGCAUAUCUCAUUACCAUGUCCAAAGCAAACAGCUGCACGUUGGUCCACUAUCCCCUUCGCAUCUCAAAUCCGCAUGCUCCAACGCCGCCUCACCCAAGCGCAUUCACCACCCCCGAUCGCUCAAACAAAUCGCCAGGUACGCCGUGGCAUAA